ACCAUGACAGACACGUGUAAUAUUACAGUAGCUGUAGAAGAUCCCUUAACAAAUACAAAUCUAACAGUAUUCUAUGAUCAAAUGAAAGGAACUUACAAUAUUUAUCACUACUCAACAUACGUUACAGACACCAUAAAACUAAUAAUAAGCAUUCUAUCCAUAGUAGCUGAUAUCUGCAUUAUUACAGUUAUUAUAAAGGAUCCAAAACUGAGAACAAAUACAAAUAUAUACAUUCUUCAUUACUCCAUAUGGCAUAUAGUGUUUGUGACAUUUUUUCCACUGUUUUAUAUAUUUAUGGAUUUACUUGCUUUGGUUGAUUUCUUUCCAAUGAUUAUUUACUCCAGGUUAUGGCAGAUACACAGGCUUUCACUAUCACUUAUAUUUCUGCUUGGUUUAUGUCUUGCUUUGCACUGGUUUGUAAACAUUCCCAGUCUACAUUUUGUAAAAUGUUCUACACUAUUUAACACAUAUGGUAUUUAUUUACCUUAUUUACUUAUUAGUUUAAAAUUUGCUUUUGAAUAUUUUGUCAAAAUCACUUCUCCUCUUCACGUAAUCUAUAUUUUUAUCGCGCUUAUCCUUUUGGUGUUUAACUUCAUGGAUUACAGACGUAAAAAAGACGAAAGCAACUAUAAAAAUUAUGGCCUGAUAUCUUCAAAUAUUAUCAUAUUCUUUUGGCUACCAGUUUUUGUAUAUGAUGAACUGAUCUCGUGGUCAUACGGUUCUGCUACUUUGCAUAGUAUAUUUUUAUUGACACUAUUUUUACCUGAAUGGGUUUCCUACAGCACAUCGAUAGCUUUGCUUAUAGUUUUAACCAAGAUGGACGUAAAUGUAAAAAUGAUGAUGUUUAAAAUGUUCUGUCGAAGAAAUAAAUGCUGCAAAGAUGAUGUGGAGACCCUAGAAGAAGAUGAAGGUGAUGAUGACUCGAACAGUGUGGUUACUGGCAACAAUAUUGUAUAUAUAUAAAAGGUUUCUUAUUCUUUUUAUGCAAAAUACAAACUUAU